CAAUACUGGAAYGGAACUCAGAACAUGCGGGUGAAAGAUUCAAGGGAGAAAAAGGCGCGCAGGCCCGACAUACCCUACGUCAGGGGUGAUAAUAUAGCCCUACGUAGCGUAAGUACCCGUACUGUCCCUUGUAUGUACUGCACUGAACGGUUUGAAAAAUAGUACCGUAGGAUGAUGGAUGACGAACCGAUGGUGUUUUCUAGAAAAGAAAUACUGUUGGUUCGAUACGGUGGCUGGGUAAUCGUAAUACGAGUACUCAUAAUGGUACGAGUAAUCGUACUUGUGUUUGCCGUAAAGUCGAUACAGCAUGACCCGUUUUUAUGUGACCGGCGCCUUCCGUACCGGUACGUACGAUUAUGGACGAGUUAUCGAUUUUCCGUGUCGAAAACUUUUACUGUAUUCCAAAUGGCACGGUCAUUUUUCGACGAUUCAACCGAUACCUGGUGUUGUUUUCGGUACCGUACAAGACAGAGUCCAGUAAAACACAAGACGGCUCCCGAUUUCGUCACCGGAAAGUGCCGUACCCGAGCCGUUGCCACCUUUCUGUUCGGACUGCUUCCUCCGAGCGGAGUGUACGAUCAGCUGAGACCAGAAACCAGACGACCGCGAGSCCGAAUUGAUCAAUCGACCGAUCGAUCGAGCCACCGAUACAUUCCUUSGCAACGACAGAUCGCGUUGCAAGACACAACAAACGACAAACCCAUCCAUUUGCACAAAACGAAACAAUACGGCUCAUCAUGGGAAGCAGCAGCACCAUAAAAAAUUCGUACGAUGCCGCCUCGGUAGCUCACACAUCGACAAUGGCCAGCGCCAUGCUAUUUGGGACCAUUAUCUUUGCGACCGUCGCCCUCGCCGUCCGGGCMGUCCUUAGGGGGGACCACAAGCCCCUCUUCCAGGCCGCGUCUCACCCCAAGUCGUCGGCGCUGAAGGCCCGGUCCCUGUUUUCGGUCUUCUCCCUCCUACUCCACUUCUCSAUCUUUGGUMUGAUCCUCUUUUAUGCCUACAUCUGCGAGUACCACCCGCCUUACCAACACGCCGACAAGAACUACGACGCCGACCUGUUUUUCUUUUUGACGUUUCUGCUUUUUGUGGUGUCCGCYUUUACCUGGCAGAAGCACAUYCCCGACGACAAGAGUCUGGCCACGUACGAUGCUCCCGGCGAUAAGUCGCACGACGAAGCGGACCAGAAUGGCAAUCGGAGCAACGGAGCCGUCGCCGUCGCCAACGACAAGACCGAGGUCCUCAACCGAAACCAGACCGAGGAAUGGAAGGGUUGGAUGCAGUUCAUGUUCCUCCUAUACCACUACUACCACGCCGAGGAGGUCUACAACUCGAUCCGGAUCAUGAUCACYUGCUACGUMUGGAUGACAGGGUUUGGGAAUUUUUCCUUUUUCUACCUGAAGGCCGACUACGGGAUCAUCCGCGUUCUACAGAUGCUCUGGCGGCUGAAUUUUCUGGUUCUCUUUUUGUGCCUGACGCAGGGGACUACCUUCAUCCUCUAUUACAUCUGCCUGUUGCACACCUACUACUUUUUCAUGGUYUACGUCGUCAUGAGGAUYGGCCACGAGCACAACUACACCAAGUGGUGGGUACGCACCAAGCUGGCCGUGCUGGGGGUCGUUAUCUACUUGGUAUGGGACACCAACCUCGKACUUUUUAAGCUCAUCCACUUUCCGUUUUUCGGGGAGACUCCCAUGAUGGGGGCCACAGGUGGGGCGAUGUGGGAGUGGUACUUCCGGUCCAGCCUCGAUCACUGGUCAACCUACAUGGGGAUGAUMUUCGCCCUCAACUUUCCCAUUACCAGUCUGUUCUACCGYAAGCUCGAGUCMCUGCCCCCAGUUCAGCACUAUUUGGCCAAGGGCAUGACGGGAGCUGCGCUCUUUGCCGUAUUUUACUUCUGGGUCACAGGGCCCUUUAUGCAGGGCAAGUUCGACUACAACCAGACCAAUGCCUACUACGGUAUCAUUCCUCUCAUCACCUACAUCUAUUUCCGGAACCUGACUCCAUUUCUGAGGAACCACAGCCUCGACCUGCUCCACCAGAUCGGAAAGACCACCCUGGAGACCUACUUGAUGCAGCACCACAUCUGGCUCACCUCUGAUGCCAAGAGCCUCCUGACGCUGGUUCCGGGUUGGCCCAAGGUGAACUUCUUGCUCGUGUCGGUGAUUUAUGUGACGUUKAGCCGCCGGCUGUACCAGCUUACCCUCUACCUGAGGGGAAUGAUGCUCCCGGACGACCGCUCGGCCUGCUUUCGAAACCUUGGAGGCAUGAUCGCAAUCAUUGCCUCUUUUUGCGGCCUCGCCAGCUUCCUCGAGUCCCAGAGCCUCCUCRGCCUGGGGACGGUGGGCCUCGUUUCCGUUUGCGGUGGUUUCGCACUCUAUUCCUUUUUGCUUCAGUUCACAAACUCGGAUCGGGCCUCGGACGUCGAGCAGCCUUCCAGGGGCAGCAGCAACAACAACCCGAAGAACKCAAUGGUGACGUCCUGUGCCGUUGCCGCGAUGGCGGUGAUGAUGGUUGGAGCYGGAUGGCAMACCAUGGCCGUAAGGGGCGCCGGGAAAAUCCAGUCCCUGCCACCUUCGUGCGGAGCCUAUGCCAACAAGGGCCAAUGGAUGUCGCUCAACGGAUGCGACGAAGGGCCCCGGGGGGAAGAAUACCGCAAGUUUGGUGUUUCGACCGUAUCGACGUGUUCGGCGCAAAACCCCGUUUCGGUCUGGGGGUGGGACGACCAAGCCUCCGCAUCCCACUGCCGAUUCAAGCAGCGCGACACAAAGAGCCUCAAGAAGCAUCUCAAGGACCGAACGAUCUACUUCGUCGGGGACUCCAUCACCCGCUACAUGUACCAUUCCUUUUGCCGCCAGCUCGGUAUUGSCGACGCCGGUGCUUACGACACUACAAUAGAAAAGCACGCAAACCUGUCCCAGGAGGUUGGUGACRUAAGCGUGGAAUUCAAAUGGGCAGCCCUUUCUACCGAGCUCGUGGAGUCCAUCGGCAACCUGACGUUGAACAAUGCCGAUGACCACAAUCUAGAUCUAGUGGUACUCGGAGGGGGKACAUGGGACAAGAAUUACAUGUACAACACAGACGAAGAAAAGGAAGCCGUCAAGUCCUCCUUGGAAAACCUAAAGAUUAAGAUGGAAGAGCUCAGAAAACUAAAGGUACCMGUCGUUUGGAUUACUCCAACUACCAUGAACACUGCGGCACUAAGCGAUCAAAAGCGAAAGAAUAUCAACGAGGAAGAAAUGAAAGUAAUCCGUGAACUUUACGAAAACAAAGGAAUCCUGUCCGCAUCCUCGUUUGUCAUCGAUGGAGAAUCGUUUACUUCCACGCGGGUAUCGGAGAGUUUCGACGGCGUGCAUUAUCCCCACCACGUUUAUUCGGCUGGGACGCAGAUUCUGUGCAACGCCCUCGACUGGCUCCUGCCGAUCCCGAACAAGGGAUUGCCCGUGCCUCCAAAGCAGCCCGGAGCGAUGGCACAUCCAUUCACGGCCCUCAYAAUCAUUUGUUUCGCGAUCGCUGGCAUCUUCUUUUUUGACGGGUUCCUCGGAAUGUCGUACCUGGCGGCCAUCGUAGCUCCGAGCGUGUCUCCAAAGCAUCUCUGGUACGAAGCGUUUUCGACGCUGCACCAAACAAAGAACCUGCCGUCCGUAGAAAUGCAAGAAAUACCAUCCACGAUACCCGUCCAAAGCAACGGCGCCGGUAUCCGAAGCAGCAACGGCGAAGAUCGAAGCAGUCCAACCAAGGAACCAAACGAAGAGGUUGUCUCAUUGAUUGGAAAGGAACGAUAGUUUCAAAGAAUGCACCCCAGCGCUKUAACGCAACCUGGUACUAGGCUUGUUGCACGGAGUUGCUAUGUUUGAGAAUAAAAMAGAAUGACAUCACCAUCAAGUUGAACUUGAAAAGAAAAUAAUUUCCWUUUGAAUGAACAAGUACAACAGUUCAAUGCCUACCGCACAAUAUACAUUUACGUAUGUG